GUCGACAUUCCGAUCAAACAUAACCUCUCAUUACCGUACCAAUUGCACACGUACGUCGCCUCUGUAAUUGGCCUUAAUUCGUGAUUUGAUGUGUGAAUAAUUAUUUGAAGUCGAAGGAUGAGUUGAAUCCCAUAAACAGCGCUUAGAAGAGUUUCAACAGUUGUUGUAAAUCGAGUAUUAUCAGCUGUUAAGGGGUGAAAAAUAUCGACUUCGAGUGACAACACAAGCACGCUUUUUACGUCAACAAAAAUGGCGAGAGGUAGACGACCAAUUCGUGGUGGUAAACAAGCUCGUCGCAACGACAAAUUCCAAAAACCAAAAGCCAAACAAAAAAAGGGAAAAUUCAACUUGCGAGAGGCCUCCUACGUUAAAGAUCGAGACGCUAAAAAUGCUGAGAUAGAAAAUAGAAGAAGAAUCCUAGCAGAACAAGAGGCAAAGAAACGCCGACAUGAUUCUGAAUCUUCAGAAGAGGAAGAGGAUUCCAUGAAGACUCUUCUCUCUACAUUUCAUAAUAAUUCUCAGAAAAAGACUAGAAUAGCCAUUGAAUCUGAAUCUGAAAGUGAGGAAGAGGAUGAAGCUGAAGAUUUUCAACAUGAAGAUGCAGGAGAUGCAGGAGAUAAAGAAGAAUUGAAUUCAGAAGCUGAAAAUUCUUCCGAUGAGGAGGUAAACACCGAAGCAAUUUCGGCAUUAGAAAAUAGAGAAAUGAGCGAAAACGAAGAAGACAUUGGAGAUAACGACGGGAUGACUCAAAUUCAGAUAAAAGAACAAGACGAAGAGGAUGAGGAAACCUCUCGGGAAGACCAGGGAAUAAUAAAAGACCCCUUUUCCCUCCACCUGAAUCACGACCUUUCCGACGAACUCCACCAGGUCCUUUCUUCUAAUGUCUCUCCCGAAACGCAAACGAUAACCUGGCCAGUCCUGGGGAGACUCGUCUACCAAAUUCCGAAGAUCCCCACCAAUUCAUCACAUUCAAAAACUCCGAAAAUUCUCGAGCGUAAAAACUUCGCCAAAUCCGGUUCUGUUCCCUCAGUAAUUUCCCAAAUUGACUGGGACAAUCUUUACAUCAAAUCGCAGAUUCAGAACAACCUCACGAGAGCCAACUACCUCAAUAUAAAGGACAACCUGAACUCCAAUCCCAGCCCACUAACUCCUCUCCAAAAAGAACUAUUCUCUGUAAUAAAUAAUUACCAGGAUUUGCUAUAUCCCGAGAGGACUUUCUCAAACGAAAACGAGAUACGAUUUGUGUAUUGUCUUCACGCAGUAAAUCAUCUUUUGAAGACCAGAACCAAAAUUCUUCAUCACAAUGCCAAGCUCUCGAAGUCCAACAAAUCAUCAAUGGGUGAAGUACCUGACGAAUAUCGAGAUCAGGGUUUAGUUCGUCCCAAGAUCUUGAUUGUUGUCCCCUUCAGGCACUCCUGCCUCAAGAUCAUUGAGCUUCUCAUCUCUAUUUUGAUUGGAGAGGACAAAGGAGGAUCAGUGAUGAAUAAGAAGCGAUUUCUCGAGGACUUCGGAGGCAGCGAAAUAAUUAUGCCUAAAAAGAAUCCGAAACCUGAGGACUACGAGCAAACCUUCAAGGGAAACACUGAUGACACAUUUAAAAUCGGGAUAUCAGUCACGAAAAAGACGAUGAAAUUAUACUCGGAUUUUUAUUCCUCAGACAUCAUAAUCUCUUCGGUUUUGGGAUUGAGGAUGGUGGUGGGAGCUGAGGGCGAGGAAGAAAGGGAUUACGAUUUUCUGGCGUCGAUUGAAUUGUUGAUAAUGGACCAGACUGAGCUGUUCUUCAUGCAGAAUUGGGACCACUUACUUCACGUACUUGAUCAUCUCCAUCUGCAGCCGAAAAAGCCCCAUGGCACUGAUUUUUCGAGGGUUAGGAGCUGGAGUGUCAAUGGAUGGUCAAAGUAUUAUCGACAAACUCUGAUAUUCGCUAGUCAACAAUUGCCUGAGAUACAUGCGGUGUUCAAUAAAAGAUGUCAGAAUUACGCUGGCAAAGUUAAGAUAGUUAAUCCAUGUGUUUCUGGAACUGUUUGUCAAGUUGUGGUGCAGUUACCUCAAGUUUUUCACAAGUUUGAGGCUUCCAGCUAUGCCCAAGCCAUUGAUGGACGAAUGGAGUUCUUCUUGUCGAAGAUAUUGCCGGACUACAAGGACAGCAUUAUGAACCAUACGAUGAUAUUCGUACCUUCGUACUUUGAUUUUGUUAAGCUGAGGAAUUAUUUUAAGAAAGAGGAAAUGAGCUUUGUGCAGAUUUGCGAAUACACGAAGGAGGGAAAAGUGGCGAGGGCGAGGGACAUGUUUUUUCAUAGUGAUGCCCACUUCUUGAUUUAUUCGGAACGAUUUCACUUCUUCAGGAGGAUCAGGGUCAAGGGCAUCAGACAUCUUAUUUUCUUCGCACCUCCGACGGUUACGGGGUUUUACUCGGAGAUGUGCAAUUUGAUGCAUGAGGCUAACCAGAAUCCCAAAGCGGGAAAUGACGGUAAUAUGACAGUCACCAUUCUGUAUUGCAAAUAUGAUGCGAUGCAGCUGGCGGGGAUUGUUGGGACCGAGAGAGCUAGCAAAAUGAUUGCUUCGGAGAAGAGUGUACAUAUGUUGAUGACUGGAGAUUAGUACAUACUGUGAUGAUUAAAUAAAUAUUUUUUGAUGAAA